ACCUGCCCAAAAAGCCAAUCGUUACGUUUAACGCCCUGUUUGGUCUGGUGCAAAAAUAAAUGGAGGCUUAACGAAAAGUAUGUCAUCAUGAAAGGGCUUCGGCGGCUUUUUUCAGGAAUUUAUGGGCUUUCCAGGAUAUUUUUUAACAUUUCCAGUGCAUAAAAGGCAAUCGUGUUUGAUCUUUGUUGGAGCACACUCCUUUUUCCGAACUUAUCAAAUUUCGCUCUUCCCGCCAGAGAGAGAGAGAGCGCGGCGAGGAAGGGAGAUGGAAGGAUUGAAGGAACAGAUGAUGUUUCUUCUUGACCAGGGUCUCCACCAAUCCGCUGCGAUGCUGGGAUGCUUUCUUGUGUCUUCAUCUGCCAUGAACAUUGAACUGAAUCCAUAUGUUAAGGCUGAACACGUGGUACUUUUGGCUGAUGCGCUUUUUGAAGAGAAGGAAUUUCGGAGGGCACUGAAUACAUACAAGCAAGCCUUGCAACAUUGCAAGACUAACCCUAAACAAGUAAUGACAAACAAUAGAACCAUGGUCUCAUCUGCAAGCCGAUCCCCAUCUCCAAACUCUGUCAAUAUUUCAACAGUUAAUGAAAAUGAGAUCAAAUUCAAGAUUGCUCUUUGUCACUGUAGUUUGAAUGAAAACCGUGCGGCUCUUACUGAGAUGGAAGGAAUACCAACAAAAGCAAGAACACUACGGAUGAAUUUGACCAUGGGAAAGCUAUAUCGGGUAACUAGACACAACCGUGCUGCUAUUGCUUCAUACAAGGAGUGUUUGAGGCAUUGCCCUUAUAUUUUGGAGGCUAUCAUAGCGUUGGCUGAUUUAGGUGUUUCUGCAAAGGAUAUUCUUUCACUAAUUCCUCAGACACCAAAUAGAGGUGGAAGGCUGUCGUUUGACCAUUUUGAUUCAGGCCGAUGGUUGUGGCAUUAUGUAGAGGCCCAAUGUUGCAUUGCCUCAAAUGACUAUAAAGGUGGUCUGGAACAUUUUUGUGAUCUGUUACAGCGCUUUCCUUGUAAUGCACACAUCUUGCUGGAAAUAGCAAAGGUUGAAGCUCUCAUGGGAAGAAGUGAUGAAGCAAUAAUGGGUUUUGAGAAGGCUCGUGCGGUUGAUCCAUAUGUUGUUACAUACAUGGAUGAGUACGCAAUGCUUUUAAAGACAAAAUCAGAUAACUCCAAGCUAAACAGGUUGUUGCAUGAAUUGCUAAAUGUUGAUCCAGCAAGGGCAGAGGUCUUCGUCACUUUGUCAGUGCUAUGGGAUAGGAAAGAUGAUAAAGGUCGAGCUUUAUCUUAUGCAGAGAAGAGCCUCCGGAUUGAUGACAGAAAUGUACCUGGGUACAUUAUGAAGGGUAAUUUAUGUUUGUCAUUGAACAAACGAGAAGAAGCAGCUGGAGCUUUCAGAGCAGCACAAGAGUUGAGACCUGAUCUUCGCUCCUAUCAAGGGUUGGUUCAAUCUUAUUUGACACUUUCCAAGACAAAGGAUGCACUUUAUGCUGCUCGGGAGGCAAUGAAGGCCAUGCCUCAAUCUGCCAAGGCUUUGACAUUGGUUGGUGAUGUACAUGCAAGUCAUUCUGGUGGAAGAGAAAAGGCAAGGAAGUUUUAUGAAUCAGCACUUCGGUUGGAGUCUGGUUACCUUGGAGCUGUCUUAUCCUUAGCUGAUCUCCAUGUCAUUGAGGGACGAAAUGCAGAUGCUAUCUCUCUCCUUCAAAGGUACCUCAAAAACUGGGCAGAUGAUUCUCUCCACACCAAGCUGGCACAAGUAUUUGCUGCAAGUAAUAUGCUGACAGAAGCAUUAUCCCAUUAUGAAGAAGCAUUAAGGAUAAACCAACAUAAUGAGGCUGCGAAAAAAGGUCUGCUACGUAUGGAGAAACAAAUGAAGGGGUUGGAUCCUGAUGCCCCUGAUGAUGAUGAAGAUAAUGAAGUUGAAGAUGCUGAAGAUCCAGAAGAAGGGGAACUUCUAUGAGAGGAAACCUGUUAGGGGAUCAUACUAUCCUGUCCAAGGAUGUAUGUAUGAGGUCUAACCUUGAAUGUUUGAGGAUGGUUUGGACUUCUAAUCAGAGCUUCAAUUCCACAGAGCAAGUUCAUGGCUGAAAUUGGUUCACCUCGUCUCAACUUGGUUCUGCAAGCUAAUGAACUGGACGUGGGCUGGCUGUAGGACUUCCAAGUCGGAGUAUGAAGAGUGUGUGUUUGGGCUUCAGCUCAAUUAAGGCCUGUAGUCAUAACAAGCAGUUUAGCUCAGGUAUAUGUGUCUGAGUGACUAAGCCCAACAGUUUGUUGUUACAUGCUGCCAACUGAUCUGUAUUUUAUUGAUUAAAUUAAUUUAUUCGUCAGUCAGUUUCAUUUA